AUGGCACAAAGCUUACGAUUGCACUUUGCAGCCAGAAGAAGCAAUACUUAUCCUGUGUCAGAAACCUCUGGAGAUGAUUCGGAUAGCAGUGUUCACAUGUGCUUCACGAGACCAACACAGACUUCAACGUCUAACGUGGUUCAAAUGAAGCUGACUCCCAGACAGACUACACUACCUCCGUUAAUAAAGGAAAACGUUAAGUCUCAGGAAGGAUCAUCUGUUCCUUCACCUGAAAAUGUUAAUAAAAAGAGCAGCUGUCUGCAGAUUUCACUACAGCCAACAAGGUACAGUGGAUGUCUUCAGUCUGGCAAUGUCUUAGCUGAUGGUGAUGAUGCUUCAUUUACUUGUGUCUUGAAGGAUGGCAGUGCUGUGGUUGAUAAUGAACUGAAUGCUGUGGAUGACGGUAACCUCUUGAGCAGUCCUGCCAUUUGCAGUGGUAGCCUUAGUCACUUCUCAGCCAGUGAGAAUGGGUCUUAUAGCAGCAACGGUAGUGAUUAUGGGUCAUGGACAAGUAUCACCAGUGGAGGUUCAUACACCAACAGUAUCAUCAGUGAUAGCAGUGGUUAUACUUUUCCACCAACUGAUGAUACCUUUUUUGGUGAAAAUUCAUCUUCUGACAGCAUCUCCAAUAGAAGUUUGCCAAACAGGAAUACUACUCCAUGUGAAAUUUUUUCGAGAAGUAGAAGUACAGUUCCCUUUGUCCAGCAUGACCUGGAUCGUGGACUAGAGAUUAUGAAAUUGCCUGUGAGCAGGAACUUGAAAAUUCCACUAAAACGUUGUUCAUCCUUAGUCAUUUUUCCUAGGAGUCCUUCAGAUACCCCACCAACUUCUCUAACAAGUACAGGUACUCCUCCAAGCAAAGGAUCCUAUCAGACCUCACACCAGUUUAUUAUUUCUCCUAGUGAAAUUGCCCACAAUGAAGAUGGCAGUAGUGCUAAGGGAUUUCUUUCAACAGCUGUCAAUGGACUUCGGUUAUCUAAAACAAUCUGUACUCCCAGAGAAGUAAGAGACAUACGACCUCUUCACAGCUCAUUACAAAAGAAAAUUGUUAUUGCAAAUAAUAGUCCAAAUCAGACUGUCUGUGAAAAGUCAUCUGAAGGAUAUUCUUGCGUUGCAGUGCAUUUCACCCAACAAAAAGCAACUGCAUUAGAUUGUGAAACAGCAAAUGGUGAUUGUAGACCAGAGAUGUCAGAAAUUAAGCUUAAUUCUGAUUCAGAGUAUAUUAAGCUUACGCACAGGACAUCUGCAUGUUUACCAUCUUCCCAAAAUGUAGAUUAUCAAAUAAAUAUCAAUGGACAGUUGGAAAGACCACAUUUACAGAUAAACAAAAACCAUGCUCUUUUACAAAGAAGUAUUUCAUUGGGAGGAACUUAUCCAAAUGUUUCCUGUUUAUCCAGCCUUAAGCACAGUUGUUCUAAGGGGGGACCAUCUCAAUUACUCAUAAAGUUUGCAUCUAGAAAUGAAGGUAAAGUUGAUAAUUUAACAAGAGACAGCAACAGAGAUUUCACAAAUGAACUAUCUAAUUCUUUACAGCAUUCUUGUAAGACAAGAGAUGAUUUCCUAGGUCAAGUGGAUGUUCCUCUUUAUCCAUUACCGACAGAAAAUCCAAGAAUGGAGAGACCAUAUACAUUUAAGGAUUUUGUUCUUCACCCAAGAAGUCACAAAUCAAGAGUUAAAGGUUAUCUGAGAUUAAAAAUGACUUACUUACCUAAAACCAGUGGCUCAGAAGAAGAUAACACAGAACAGGCUGAGGAAUUAGAGCCUGGCUGGGUGGUUUUGGACCAACCAGAUGCUGCUUGCCAUUUGCAGCAGCAACAAGAACCUUCCCCUCUACCUCCAGGAUGGGAAGAGAGGCAGGAUAUUCUUGGAAGGACCUACUAUGUAAACCAUGAAUCUAGAAGAACACAGUGGAAAAGACCAACCCUUCAGGACAACCUAACAGAUGCUGAGAAUGGUAACAUUCAACUGCAAGCCCAGCGUGCAUUCACCACCAGGCGGCAAAUAUCUGAGGAAACAGAAAGUGUUUACAGCCGAGAGUCUUCCGAGAACUGGGAAGUUAUAAGAGAAGAUGAAGCCACCAUGUACAGCCAUCAGGCCUUCCCCUCAUCUCCACCAUCAAAUAACUUGGAUGUCCAGACUAAUCUUGCAGAAGAAUUGAAUGCCAGACUCACUGUUUAUGGAAAUUCAGCCACUGGCCAGCCAGUAUCCAGCUCAAAUCAUUCCAGCAGAAGAGGCAGCUUACAAGCCUAUACUUUUGAGGAACAGCCUACACUUCCUGUGCUCUUGCCUACUUCAUCUGGAUUACCACCAGGUUGGGAAGAAAAACAAGAUGAAAGAGGAAGAUCAUAUUACGUGGAUCAUAAUUGCAGAACUACUACCUGGAUAAAGCCCACUGUACAGGCCACAGUGGAGACCAGUCAGCUACCAUCAAGCCAGGGUUCUUCUGCAGGCCCUCACCCACAGGCCCCCACGAGUGACGCAGCACAGCAGGUGACCCAGCCAUCUGAAGUGGAGCAAGGAUUCCUUCCCAAAGGCUGGGAAGUCCGGCAUGCACCAAACGGGAGGCCUUUCUUCAUUGACCACAACACCAAAACCACCACCUGGGAAGAUCCAAGACUGAAAAUUCCAGCUCAUGUGAGAGGAAAGACAUCACUUGAUUCCUCCAAUGACCUGGGGCCUUUACCUCCAGGAUGGGAAGAAAGAACUCACACCGAUGGAAGAAUCUUCUACAUAAAUCACAAUAUAAAAAGAACGCAAUGGGAAGAUCCUCGGUUGCAGAAUGUAGCCAUAACUGGACCAGCAGUGCCCUACUCCAGGGAUUACAAAAGAAAGUAUGAGUUCUUCCGAAGAAAGUUGAAGAAGCAGAAUGACAUUCCAAACAAAUUUGAAAUGAAACUUCGCCGUGCAACUGUCCUUGAGGACUCUUACAGGAGAAUUAUGGGGGUCAAGAGAGCAGACUUCCUCAAGGCUAGACUGUGGAUUGAGUUUGAUGGCGAAAAGGGACUAGAUUAUGGAGGAGUCGCCAGAGAAUGGUUCUUUCUGAUUUCGAAGGAAAUGUUUAACCCUUAUUAUGGGUUGUUUGAAUAUUCUGCUACGGAUAAUUAUACCCUACAGAUAAAUCCCAACUCUGGAUUGUGUAAUGAAGAUCACCUCUCUUACUUCAAGUUUAUUGGCCGGGUAGCUGGGAUGGCAGUUUAUCAUGGCAAACUGUUGGAUGGCUUUUUCAUCCGCCCAUUUUACAAGAUGAUGCUGCACAAGCCAAUAACACUUCAUGAUAUGGAAUCGGUGGAUAGUGAGUAUUACAAUUCACUAAGAUGGAUUCUUGAAAACGAUCCAACAGAACUGGACCUCAGGUUUGUCAUAGAUGAAGAACUUUUUGGACAGACCCAUCAACAUGAGUUGAAAAUCGGCGGGUCAGAAAUAGUCGUCACCAAUAAGAACAAAAAGGAAUAUAUUUAUCUUGUAAUACAAUGGCGAUUUGUAAACCGAAUCCAGAAGCAAAUGGCUGCUUUUAAAGAGGGAUUUUUUGAACUGAUACCACAGGAUCUCAUCAAAAUUUUUGAUGAAAACGAACUAGAGCUUCUGAUGUGUGGCUUGGGAGAUGUCGAUGUGAAUGACUGGAGAGAACACACAAAGUACAAAAAUGGCUACAGUGUAAAUCAUCAAGUCAUCCAGUGGUUUUGGAAGGCUGUUUUAAUGAUGGACUCAGAAAAAAGAAUACGAUUACUUCAGUUUGUCACUGGCACAUCCCGUGUGCCUAUGAAUGGAUUUGCUGAACUGUAUGGCUCAAACGGACCACAGUCAUUUACAGUUGAGCAGUGGGGCACCCCUGAGAAGCUGCCAAGAGCUCAUACGUGCUUUAAUCGCUUGGACUUGCCACCGUAUGAGUCCUUUGAAGAAUUAUGGGAUAAACUUCAGAUGGCCAUCGAGAACACUCAGGGUUUUGAUGGUGUUGAUUAGAUUACAAGUAACCAUCUAUGGUGUUUUACUGCCGCUCUUUUAUAAGCAAAAUCUUGACUUAAAAUUUUCCAGGGAACUACUAACCCUUGGCCAUUGAUGCUUCCCAGAUAUUGGAGAAAAUCAUGUCAAAGAAUUAGAAGAAAUAGUAUGACAACUUUUCCAUUAUUUCAUUCACUUAUAUAAGGUGUUGCUUUUACGCAGUUGUUUUGUUCUAUCUUGAGUUCACCCUCUAGUAUAAAAGUCCUGUGUGCCUGAAA